AUUCUAAACCAACCCCAAGCAUUACCAAAUACAUAACGAUUACUGAUUAUGAUUUUGCCGUUUUACAGAAAAGAUGAUAUGAAAGACAAAUACCAUUAAAAAUCAUAAUUAGAAUAUUUAUAAAAUUUUAUUAGUCUAGGAUAUUUUAAUCAGUUUCAAUGGGUCCAUGAAAAGUCCAAAACUCCUACUAUUUAUUUUUUAGGAGCACUAUAGACUUUCAUUGGUUACUCUAGUUUCUUGCCUUUUUCUAACAAGAAGCAAAAGGUGCAGAUACAAUGAUCUUUUAAGAAAUAAAAAGAGGCCCAUUAAUAAAUAGUUGUUCAAUAGCAGAAGCCUCCCUCAAAUAUCUCUAUCCCCAGCAAAUUCCUAGGCAAACAUGAUUAAUCUCAGAUCUUUUGGUACAACUACCAAACACCAUGCUAGCUUGGUCAUAUAACACCUUCAAUUAGAGAAUUACAGCCAUGGCUAUUUCUACUCACUCGAUCGCAUCUAUUCAUGCUUUUCCCUGUGUGUUUCACUCAUCCCAGCCGUAGUUCAGCUAUCAAACCCAACCAUUAUUUUAUGGUUAUCAAAUGCAGGAAUAGCUUAACUAGUGUACGUUACCAACUAUUACGUACAAUCUUCUCUCUCUCUCUCUCUAAUUAGAACAUGAACUACUCGUGUGAUGGUGGCUUCUGGUUUCUAACGAUGGAGGACAGAAUGACCGUUUUAUAAGAGCUUUAUAAAGCCUAAAGAGCGACCCACUUUAAGCCCUCACUUUUCACCACCUUCGAUCCCCACAUAGCGUGCUUGUCAUGUGGAACAACUAUUCCUUGCACCACAGGAGAACAAGUUAAUUAGAAUAUCCAUCCCUUAAUGCCAUUCCUUCCAACCUCAGUCUUCACAUUAUACCACCUUAUUCUGGUUUUGGUGGUGGUUCCCCUCAAGUAACCUUAAUCCCUGCUUUAACCUCAUCACUUCUCACCCCCUAUAUAAACCUCUCACCAUUCUUCUUGAUAUCCAUUACUCCAAAUCCUCCUUGUUUCUCUCUCUUCCCUCUUCUUCAGCUAUCGACAAAUAUGGGGAAGGUUUUGUUGUCUGGGGUUCUAGUUGCUCUAGCUUUUGCAUUUGUUCAUGGCGUGCCCUUCGACGACAGGGACCUCGCAACCGAGGAGAGCCUAUGGAACUUGUAUGAGAGGUGGCGGAGCCACCACACGGUCUCUCGAGACCUCGAGCAUGAGCGAUUCAAUGUGUUCAAGGAGAACGUCAAGUUCAUCCAUGAGUUCAACAAGGAGGGUGCAACAUUCAAGCUCGCUCUCAACAAGUUUGGCGACAUGACCAACCAAGAGUUUCGAAGCUGGUAUGCCGGCUCCAAGGUGCAGCACCGCAGGCUGCGCCGCGGCCGCCCGCAUGGCACCGGAAGCUUCAUGCAUGAAAAUGCUCGUGAUCUCCCUGCUUUGGUUGAUUGGAGGCAGAAAGGCGCCGUCACAAGCAUCAAGGACCAAGGCCAAUGUGGGAGCUGCUGGGCAUUCUCGACGGUGGUUGCUGUCGAGGGCAUAAAUCAGAUCAAGACGAGGGAGUUAAUCUCCUUGUCGGAGCAAGAGCUCGUCGACUGCGAUGACCGCGACAACAAUGGCUGCAAUGGAGGUCUAAUGGAGCAUGCAUUCGAAUUCAUUGUGAGAAAUGGAGGUAUAACAACAGAGGCUGAGUAUCCCUACAGGGCCAAAGAUGGAAGGUGCGACGCUUCCAAGGAGAAUUCAGCAGUGGUGACGAUUGAUGGAUACGAGAAUGUUCCUGCCAACAAUGAGGCAGCUCUCAUGAAAGCUGUGGCUCAUCAGCCAGUAUCUGCUGCCAUUGAAGCAAGUGGUACAGCUUUCCAGUUCUACUCCGAGGGUGUUUUCACCGGCGCCUGCGGCACAGAUUUAGACCAUGGCGUCGCGAUCGUUGGAUAUGGGACGACCGAGGAUGGAACUAAAUACUGGAUUGUGAAGAACUCAUGGGGACCUGAGUGGGGAGAGAAAGGCUACAUCAGAAUGGAGCGUGGCAUCAGGGCCAAACAUGGGAAAUGUGGCAUUGCAAUGGAGGCUUCAUACCCCAUCAAGACAUCCCCUAAUCCUUCCAAGAGGGAAAUUUCCAAGGAUGAACUCUAAGAUGAUGGUGACCUAAGGAAUGCACAUUGGAAAGCCAGAAACCAUUUCGGGAUUUAUUUUUCUUUAUCAUCUAUGUCAUAUAUGUUUUGUAGUAGUUUGAAGGCAAUAAUAAAUUUCUGAUUCUAACUUUAGAACUCUGUUUAUAUUCAUCUUGUUUUAAUUGGAAGGCUUAAAGGUAGUUCUGUUAAUCUCAGU